UACCAUGUGAAGACCAUGUGGUACCCUGAGAUCAAGCACUUCUGCCCCCGUGCUCCUGUCAUCUUGGUUGGCUGUCAGCUGGACCUGCGCUAUGCAGACCUGGAGGCAGUGAACAGAGCACGGAGGCCCUUAGCUAGACCCAUUAAAUCCAAUGAGAUUCUUCCUCCAGAGAGAGGACGGGAGGUGGCCAAAGAGCUGGGAGUGCCAUAUUAUGAAACAAGUGUUGUUGCUCAAUUUGGAGUCAAGGACGUCUUUGAUAAUGCUAUCCGAGCUGCGCUCAUCUCACGCCGACACCUGCAGUUUUGGAAAUCUCACCUAAGAAAUGUUCAGCGGCCUCUCCUUCAGGCGCCCUUCCUGCCACCAAAACCUCCUCCGCCUAUAAUCACUGUGCCACCUCCCCCAACCACCACAGAGGAGCAUCCGGUCGGUCUUCUGGAGGACCCACACUGUGCUGACGUCAUCCUGGUCCUGCAGGAGCGACAGAAAAUCUUUGCACACAAGAUAUACUUGUCGACAUCCUCUUCAAAGUUCUAUGACCUCUUUAUCAUGGACACACAUACUGAGGAGACUGAAAGGCCCUCUCGUGGCCCUCUCUCUGGCAGAGAGCUGCUGAUGCGUGCUGCUAGCUUUGAUGUUUGCGAAAGCAACGAUGAUGGAGACAGGGCCAACCUGAGGGCCUGCACUAGUGAUGGGACCUUGAAAGACUCUGAUGGGGCUCGACGGGGCAGACUGCUCUCUUCGUGGAGCCGAGCCUUCGUCAGCAUCCAGGAGGAGCUGGUAGACGACCCUGUCACAUACAGCCCCAGGCCCAUGACUGUAGUGCACAUGGACCAGUCCAUGCAGCUCGGUCCUUUCCGAGCUGUGCUUCGCUAUCUGUACACGGGUCAGCUAGACGAGAAUGAGAAAGAGCUAAUGCACAUUGCACACAUUGCAGAGCUGCUGGAGGUCUUUGACCUGCGGAUGAUGGUGGCAAACAUACUCAACAAUGAAGCCUUCAUGAACCAAGAAAUCACCAAAGCCUUCCAUGUACGGCGUACAAACAGAGUCAAAGAGUGCUUGGCCAAAGGCACCUUUUCUGAUGUAGUAUUCAAGCUAGAUGAUGGGACCAUCAUGGCGCACAAGCCUUUACUCAUCUCUAGUUGUGAUUGGAUGGCAGCUAUGUUUGGCGGGCCUUUUGUGGAGAGCUGCACCAAAGAGGUGCUGUUUCCAAACACAACUCGCAGCUGUAUGAGGGCUGUGCUAGAGUAUCUCUACACCGGGCGGUUUUGUUCUCGGUCUGACUUGGACGCAAUGGAGCUUAUUGUUCUUGCGAAUCGUCUUUGCCUCCCCCACCUGGUUGCGCUUACAGAGCUCUACACAGUAACAGUAUUGACGGAGGCAGCGAUGAUGGGGACAGACAAUGAUGGAGACGUGCUUGUGUACUUGGACAUGGCCCAGUUCCACGGCGCCCAACAGCUCACUGGCUGGUGUCUUCACCACAUCUGCACCAACUACAAUAGUGUCUGCCGCAAGUUUCCCCGAGAGAUGAAGGCCAAAUCUACAGAGAACCAAGAAUACUUUGAGAAACAUCGCUGGCCACCUGUGUGGUAUUUAAAAGAGGACGACCACUACCAAAGAGCACGCAAAGAGCGCGACAAGGAGGACUACCUGUACCAGAGGAGGCAAUGUAAACGCAAGUGGCUCUUCUGGAACCUUCCAUCCUCCCCUAACUCAAACUCUCCUUCUUCUGGCUCAUCCGCUGUCAUCUGACCAAGUGGUAAGGCCAGGUCUACUCUGAAGUACAUCAGCGUGGAUGCGAGUUAUAAAAAGAUACAAUAGAAGAAAAGCACCACUGGCUAUGUACGCCCCAAUUAUUCAGGCACACACAAUCUCUCCUCCUUUUUGUUUGCCUGUGCAGUCACAUUCCUCCAGGUCUGCAAGCUCAGCUCACUCUGGCGGUUAAAGUAAUGAGUUUUGUUCCUUAGAUUUUUAGAUUGGUGUACACGAGACUUAAACCUCAGUGAUAUGAACUUCACUGACAAAUGGCACAGUGUAAUUGGCGCAAAUAACAACUUAUUGGUUUAUGAUCCACCACCUGAGUUUUAAAUAUAGAACUCUGCUGGCACAGAACUUUUUCACAUAUGAUUAUGAUUAACAUCAAUAAACCUGAACUGAUAACUAAGUGCUGCUUAUCAGCUGCAACAACCAGCAAUUAACUGCAGAACUUCUCAGUGUCAGAAUUAACACUUAAGUGUUAAUUCUGAAUCUACCAAACUACGUGUACAGUAUGAUCUUGUCAACAGG